AUGAAUAAUCAGCCAGGAGCAUCCGUUGGCUUAUCUGUAGGCACCAGCCAACCUAUGGAUGAGGCUCAGUUGAACCAAGCAAUGAAGCGACUUAAAACCCUGUACAUUAAAGCGCGGCGACUAAGAGAUACGAUUCCCAGAAUGCUAGAGCCUCUAGUUCAGAAGCAACCGUCUCCUGAUGCCAUGUUCAACGCGUUUGUCAAGGCAGUGAGCGACGCGCAAAUGGAAGUCAAGGAAUUCACAGACUUGAUGAGAGAUGAAACAAACAGACAAGUGUUUGCUCAAGCAGAAAAGAGCAGGCAGGACAACCCCAUCGGCAUCAUGCCAUGGAGGCAUAAAGAUCAUCCAGAUUGGUUCAAGAUGGAUAAGGACUGA